ACGCCAUCUUUGUGUGAUCCUGUUGGUGUACUACACAUUUACACACAGGCACACGAAAGUGCAACAUAGUGCACUAGUGCACAUCGCGAGUGAACUUGUUUCCAGAGAAAAACUAGUGUUGAAAAAAAUAGUGGGAGUAUGACAAACUCUGUGCAUUAGGAGGUGAAAAAAGAAGGAGAAAGAGUAGGAGUACAAGGAAGUGAGCUUUGUGAAGAAGAAUCGAGAUCGAGGUACGAGAAAGCAGGCGCGUUGCGUUGUUGGACUUUCGUGAUGAACGGGCGUUUCUGUGCAUGUGUGUGAGUGACUUGAUGUGUGUAGGUGAGUUUAGGUGUGUCGGGAGAGAGACGAGCACGGAGACCGAGGUACAGACACCCCGUCAAAAUGUCGCUGAAAACGCCAACACAGAUGCAGUGAUAUUUCUUCGAAUAAAGGCUGGUGAUUAGAAACAAGCAAAAUGGUGUCCACACGACAGUCGAGUAACAUGGGGGGAACUAGUGGUGGUGGUGGGGGAGGUUCGGUUUGUGAAACCGUCGGUGAAGUGGUACAACAUCGCAAAAAUUCGACACACGUGCCUGGACCGUUCUCUACACUUCAAAUAGUGGAAAGUCCACCAGCAGCAGCAACGGUAGACAUGCACCGGCAAUUAAAUCUUUUGGAUAUGCCUAUUGAAAUACUGGAAAAGAUCUGUAGUUACGUGAACUACAACACUGUAGCUAGCUUGCGACCAGUUUGUCACCAACUCGAUCGGGUCUGCGGCUCGAUUCUGAAUUCGACUUUCCAACGCCUACAGGCACAAAUGUUGAGUCGUUUCCAGGCUAUCAAAGCGCAGAUGCCUCGUCGUGAAUCUGCACGUCGAAAUCAUCCACUGGCCUGCGAGUCAGACAUUAUUGAAACACUGCACAUGCGACUUACUUUAUUGCAGAUGAGUUUCGGUAAACACAUUGAACGAAAACAUUGCUGUUUCUUCCCAGGAGAAAUUCUGGAUGAAGUAUACCGCAUUCUUCAUUACAUCAAAGUCACUCCAAAACUGGCCAGGCCUUACAAAGUAACAGAUGAGCUUUUUGAUUUGAGCACCAUGGCAAUGGAGUACUUUAAAGAACGCAUUGAACCUACUUUACCAGAAAUUCCCUACUUUGGAGCUGACUUCCUGGAUCUUACAGGCACAUUCUCCUCUGCUAGUAAUGUAAAUAAGCCUUACUUGUGCCUGGACUCUGCACCAAUGAGCGUGGGAGGAAAGGCAGGAAGUGGAGAAGAAGGAUCGCCGACUCAUUCCUCUGCUGAUGAACCCGGCGGUGGUGGCAGCGGCGGUGGGAUGUUAGACUCAAACGUCGCCCCGCCCCAGUCGAAUAUGGUUCUUCGAAAAAGAAUCCGUAAAAUCAAGCAAGGCAUGAAAAGGUACAAUAGUCAGCUGACGUUGAUGCGCAGAGACUUGCGGAGCUGCAAAGCAAAAAUCGCUGAGCAGCAAAAGCAGAUUGUUGAGUACGCUACACGGCUCGAUGAGAACGAUAAGAAAAAUGAAGAAACAUCGAGAAAAUUCAGUACACUCCUACAGGUAUUUACGAAGGAGUUGAAUAAAUGCAAGACGGAGCUUCAGUACUGGCGUUCCAGAUCGCCAGCUAUUCCAGUUUGUGGGGGUUGUGGGCAAUCCAUGCCUUUGCCUAUUGAUGAUCUGCAGACUCUUGCCAAUCAAGGUGUUUUGCCAGAGGGGGCAUUUGGGGAGGGAUUUGAUUUCAUACCUAUACCAGCAGAAACUCCGAGCCCGACGGAAUCGAUUAAUCCGCUACCAGCGCCAACUACGACACAAUCUGUCGAAGCUCCAUUGGAAAUGGCACCACCAAAAGCUCCUCCUCCUGCUGUAUCGCUUGUGUCGAAAAGGAAAGCAUCUUCUUCAGCUGCCGAAGAAUCGCCGACCGAUGGGACGAAGAAGCCACGACGCACAGCCAAGACUCGCCAGGCCAAGCGUUCAAAGGUUUAAUCACGCACAGACAUUCUGUGAUUGUGCUACGAAAGCUGUAAAUGACGCAUUUUCAUGGGGGUUUCUUUUGUAUAUGGGAAAGGGUUUUUUUUUUGUUGCAAAGGUCGCGUAACUCUUAUGUGGCAGUGCGAAAUAUAAUCUAGGCGAUCAUCCAAAAGUACAAAAUUUGUUUCCCGCUCGUCCUGCACCAAAUUUUCGCGCAACCCAGUCGCACGCUAAGUAGUGUGAAGCGAUAUUAGAGCGUCAUAGGCAACUAACUGCUGCUGUUCAUCAAUUCCUCGACGGGAAUCUGCUAGCGAUUUCUUUGGAAUUUUAUUGUGAAUAAUAGUACAUAUAGUGUGGAGAUAUUUGGGUAACAGAAAUAUACGUUGCUGCGAAUAUUGUAAAUGAAGAAAGCAUGUCAUACCGCGGCGUAAGGCAUUUUUAUACCUUCUGUUUCUUCUUCAUUGUUACGCAAAAUAGGAGAAUUAUAUUAUGUAUUACUGUGUAUAUGCGCGCAAAACGCAAAGAACGUGGAAAAACUGAAGAAAAGAAAAACAUUUGUUGCGGCUCUCUAUAAAAAUACUUACACAAAAAAAUGUGUGCAUGCAAUUGUAUACAAUAUAUUAGUUUCUUCUUUUGUGUUUUGUUAAUUUUGUGUAUGUUUGAAUGCUGCGGGAAAAUAGAUCAGUGUUUGUAAUAGUAUAGUGUGUAACGAGUGCGAGGAGGAGAUUGUUCCAAGAGUGCUACAAACUUCACACUGGUGGAAUAGCUUCUUGCACGUCACACACGAUAUUUUCUGCAAAAAGUGCAAGCAAAUGGCGAUAUUCCGGCACGAUAAAGUGUGAGGGAAUACCAUAUUCGCGCAUGCUAGCUCGCACUGUUAAAAAAUUAAACACUUUUAUGUUGAAAGUGAUUUUCAUGCACUUGUGACUGAAAAUUCAUAUAGGAAGAUCCAUUUUUGUCCUAUUCUUUUACAGGUUAAGGUAGUAUUUUGAAGUUAUUUAAUAAUUUACUCAUAAAGUUACUUCACUUGUAUUUAAGUUUAUGAUUCUAACAUGAUUUUAGGAUAAAUAAUUCACCUACAAAGUCAAAUGGACUUGUUCCCAUGGAAAAUUAAGGUGAAUUCACCAUUUUUUUAAACUAAGAUUAAUUAUUAGAGUUUUUCGGACAGUUGCAGAAUAGAGAAGUCUGGAACUUUGCGCACGCUUUACAGAAACGGAAUGUUGCCAUUCUCGUGCAUGUGUUGCACAAAACAUAUUGGUUAACUCGCACCAUACUUUAUUGGAGAAGGGGAAAGGGUUUAUUUUUUCGAUAUAUACACUUUUUGAUACAAAUCUCCAUAAAUUGUAAAAAUAUUAUUUUAAUCGCUCAUCGUCUUGUCACUUUUAUUUACAACAGUUGCAUUAUUUUUCUUUUUAUGGAAUAUUGUAUGGUGUGAAUCCGCGUACAGAGUUUCCACGUGGAAAAAAGCACUACAAAGGAGAGGUCGCGAGAUGUGCGUCACUAAUGCGACGGGGAUUUUACAGCGUGAAAGUAGAUGAAAGUUCAUCAGGUGUGUAUUCUUUCUUUCGGUUUAAUGGACCUUCGUUUCUUACCUGAUGGAUUUUUCUGCAAUUUCACCCUGUAAAGCCCCAGCCAAAUCAGCGACGCACAUCUUGCGACGCAUAUUUCGCGACACACAUCUAGCGACGCAUAUUUCGCGACACACAUCUUGCGACGCAUAUUUCGCGACGCACAUCUUGCGACUUUUCCUUGUAAACAUAUUUUGUGUAGGUCAUACUUGAAAAGGUUUCGAUUUAUCGUUGCGUGUACGGAGGCGUCUGCCUUGGAGAAUCGUUAAAGAUUGCGUUUCUUGCACGCAAGUACACAUUAAUCGUGCACUAAUUACCAUAUCAAUUCUCAGUUAUGUCUCCUAAUACUGACUUUUCACACACGGCAUCAGUUCUCUUAUACAUUUCUGAAAAAUGAGUCUGUGUGUGUAUGUGCGCGUGCACGGUCAGAAUUUAUGCAAAUAAAUACUUAGCCAAUUUUGUGAAUAAUACAUCAGCAGUUUAGAACAUUUUUUUUAACCAUGUUAUAUUUUAGCACAUCCAAUUAAACUAAUUUCCAGUGGAUUUUCAGACUUGUAUAAUUAUAUUAAUGGGUUGGAAUAUAUAUAUAUAGCUUUUUGUAGUUUUCGUCAUAUUUAGAUUGAAUUUAUAUUUAAAAAUAACAGAGUCCAGGCCAGUUUUCUUGACUUGUAAAAAGCUUAUUUAUUUAUAAGUUUUUAUAAGGCUUUUAUGCACUUUAAAUGCAACAUUGCAGAAAAAAAUCCAGUAUCGCGCAGAAGUUCUUAUCUUUUUUUCAUUACAUUUAAACGAGAGCAAGUCAAGUUCGCGAUAAUCCGAUAUGAUUCACGUCUCACUUUCAAAUUUCUCUGCAGAUGCAUUUCAAAGUUGUAUUAAAUUUUGAAGUUCGUGAUCUUUUUUUUUUUAAUAUAGUAAAGCAUAAUAUAUGUAUAGGCCUGCGAUUUCAGAAAGCGGUUAAUUGCCGAAUUUACGUUAGAAAUAAUUCGGUUGUAGGGUAGAAGAAUAAAUCACUUUGUAACUGUUAACUUGUUUAAUACAUGUAAGCAUCACACGCAAUGGUAUUUCAUUAUUCAAAAUGUAUAAUACUUUUUUUGUAAGUACCAUUAAAAGUAUUCAAUUGUCGCGUAGACUACAAUAUUAAUAGAAAGUUAGUAAAUAAAAGAUACUGAUUUUGAAUAA